GCACCCCCUUCCGCGCAUGAGCAGUUCUGCUCCCAACCCGCCAGUCGCGGUCUCCGGCGCCAGCUACGCCGCUGCCGCUGUCACUAUGGCCCAUUACAAAGCCGCCGACUCGAAGCGUGAGCAGUUCCGGAGGUACUUGGAGAAGUCGGGGGUGCUGGACACGCUGACCAAGGUGUUGGUAGCCUUAUAUGAAGAACCAGAGAAACCUAACAGUGCUUUGGAUUUUUUAAAGCAUCACUUAGGAGCUGCUACCCCAGAGAAUCCAGAAAUAGAGCUGCUUCGCCUAGAACUGGCCGAAAUGAAAGAGAAAUAUGAAGCUAUUGUAGAAGAAAAUAAAAAACUGAAAGCAAAGCUUGCUCAGUAUGAACCACCUCAGGAGGAGAAGCGUGCUGAAUAGGAUUCUUCUCAGUUGAAAAGACAAUGAAAAAUGGUUUUGUAUGACUUGAAUAGUUUGUAUAGUAUAUAAUCUUUUCUGAACAGAUGCUAUAGAACUCUUUUAAUAUGUUUAAUUCACCUAUCACACUCUGUUAAAAACACAUAGAAUCAUCAAUAAAAACUCAAUAUAACUUUCUUUGGGUCUUAAAGCAGGAGAAUCCAAAGUAAAUCCUGAAAAAAACCUAAACACAGCCAUCUAACUCAUUACCUUAAAAGACAUUCUGUUUAUUAGUCUGAUUAGGAAUGAUGGCACUGGUUGUAUUUUAGCCAAGACAGUUCAGCAUGGAGCUAUUCCUUGGUAUAGUGCAGGAUAUGAACACAGGUACAGUCAUUCUUUGAAGGUGACACUGUUAUGUAUAUUCCCUAUAGGCAGCUGGAGAGAUCUGUGUGACACAAGAUGCUUUUGUACAGGUUCCCAUAAGUCUUCUGCUCUUGUUUGUGUAACAUGGAACAAAUAACUUCUUUGCCACCACUUUGCCUUAGAUAACUGUGUGUGUGUGCCAGUUUGAACUCUGACACCACAUUUUCCUUCUAUGCAAUCAUGCCUUGUCUGAUAAUCUUGCAUUGCUUUGCUCUGAGCUUUAGUGGGUCCUAGUUGCACACUGGCCUUUCUGUGCUGUUUUUCAAUUUGCCUAAUAAUAGCAGUUACCCUGAUUGUAAUUUAUGUAACUUUAAACAGGAUCACACUGUACCCCCUGCCUGCCUUAUUUGCUUACUGAGCACAGGACAGAGGCAAUAUACAACUCUGGGUUCACACACAAGCUGAGAUGAGAAGAAGAAUGAGCCAUAUAUUGUGGAAAAUCAUAGUUUGUAGGUAUAAUUAUAUAGUGCUUUUCUCCCUCAAAGUAUUUUUCUAGUCUUGAAUUCAUUUUAUCUUCAUUAUAUAAUCCCUGUGAAGUAGGUGGGACAAGUAUGAGGGGAAGAGGGGUGCUGAAUUUUUAGGCCAAAGACUGAUAUUAAUACAAAUCACUCACGUAACUGUAGAGCCUUGGGCAUAUCAGUGAACUGCUCUAAGAUUUACUGUCUUCAUCUGUUUAAUGAGUAGAAUAUCCGUGAUGCCUACCUCACAGGGUUGUUGUGAGGGUCAAAUGAGAAUGUAUGUGAAAGAUUUGUAAAUGGUAAAGCACUAUAUUCUUGUUUGUUAGUCCUUUUUCCUUUCUUUGGUUAGACCUACAGUCAGAUGUUUUGUUUUGUUGAUCACUUAUUUUCCUUACUGAUAGACCGCCAUUUUAUAGACAUAUUCCUGUAUCAUAUAUUCUCUCUCUGUUGUUAGAGAACCUUUCUUUGUUUUUGGUCAAAACACAUAGAAAACAAAAUGAUCCAAUGAAAACUGGUUUAACUAGCAAAAGCCUUGGCACCUGUUGGAGACUAUGGCCAAGCCAAUUAUAAGGGCAUUUAUAUCAGCCCUGUUAGUAGGAAUGUGGCUAUAGCUGGUGCCUCUUGAAGUCACAAGUUUGUUUUUGGAGUGGGUCCAGAAGAUCAUUCGCUUGAAUAGAUUUCUCUUUUACCAAUUUGAGUACCUCCUACAUGGGCAGCAGUGGACUAAGUGCUGGGUGUGAUAAAGAGGAAUGACUUAAUUAGGAGACUAUAUAAUCAAAUACAGUGUGGGUUAGGACCUGUGACAGACCAUUAUAAUAAAGCAUGGCCCCAUGAGGGUUUUGGAAGAGAGGGAGACUUGGCUUCUUUAGUUGGUGUGACAGUUUUUUGGUAGAUACAGGUUGAAAUUUUUUUGUGGCAGCCAAUCCUCAUGUGCUUUUUACUCAUUGGAUUAGUAUUAAUAUUUAUGUCAGUAAGCCAGGUGACUGUGACUGUCUUUGCUACUAUCCUUUUUGAACAGAAAGGCAACAUGUGGGUUCGAUAAUCACACUUUUAGGUGAAACUGACUUGCUUAAAUUGCUGUAACAGUCAGUGCUGUUUAAGAAUUCAGGAUCAGCCUAGCCUCUAGAGGUCCUCUUCAAUAUUUCUGUCAAGGAUUUGGAUGAAGACAAUAUACAACAAGAUGCUCGAUGGAAGAGAGAAUGGAUCCUACCAGUUAAGCUCCUGUUAUGCUUCUGUUGCUUUGUCUAUAAAAUAUCAACUUCACAUCUUGCCUACCUCAGAAGGUGGUUGUAAGAAUCAAAUUAAAUAUAAUGGAUGUAAAAGUG